AUGAGAAAUAGAAAUGUAAUUUGCUCACCAUUUCUUGAUAGCUUUUUAGAGGAAUUUUUACUGAUUUUUUAUUUGACUGUAAAAUUAGUUUUUAUUUAUGUUUUUAUUUAAAAAAAAUAAUUAAAAAUGAUAAUAAAAUUGUAUAAAAGUAGAGGACUUCUUCAUUAUUAAUGCACAAUCUAAGUUUUAGUUAGGUAACUCAAACAGUAGUCGCGGAAUCAUAAGACACGAAUUUAUUUCUAUCAAAUAAUUCUUAUGCAUAUUUAUUUAUUUAUUUUGUUUGUUUGUUUAUUUAUUUAUUGA